CUCUGCUUCGGCAGCAGUUCUUAACUCACCACAAACCGCAAACAACGCGUCCGCAACAACACGCAACGCGCCUUAAAGCCAAGUUUACACAGCUUAACUUAGAACUGGAGAUUUCGUGUGCAAAUUAGUGCGAAAAUGAACUCCAUCGUCAGUAUUGCCCUACUCGCGCUGGUCGCAUGUACCCACGCCGAUGUGUCACAUUUGUCACGCACCUACUUACCGCCAUCGACGGCAUCCGCAUCCCGUACCGUUACUUUCAAUCCAGCCACGGGCUAUUCAAGCGGUGGUGGUGUAGGUGUUAGCAGUGGUGGCAGCAGUCUUGGUGGUCAGCGUUACACAGCGUCCGCCGUUUCGCACAGUGCACCCUCCUUACAAGUGCACAUUAUUUCGAAGAGCUCCGGCGGUCAUUCUGUGUCUGCCGUGCCAUCUCGUCAAUAUCUAGCUCCCGUUCAAGUGCCGGCUGCAGUGCAACACAGUUCUACUAGUUAUAGAGCACCUGCAGUGCACACGUCGUCUUAUCGCGCCCCGGCUGCCACAUACAUUGCUCCAGCAGUUCAAAAGCCAGCAUUUGUUCAACAUCAUGUUCAACAAUAUCGCGCACCAGUUGUAUCACAAAGUGUCCCGACGGCCACUCAAUAUCGUGCACCAGCUUCCGUCCAUAGUGCAGCAGUGAAUCAUGGCACUUCGUCUGGUUCUUAUAGAGCUCCUUACUCCUACAAUGCUCCGGCACCAGUUGUAUCACAAAGUGUCUCGCCAGCCACUCAAUAUCGUGUUCCAGCUCCUGUCCACAGUGCACCAGCUACGGUGAGUCAUAGCGCAUCGUCGGGUUCUUAUAGAGCUCCUUACUCUUACAACGCUCCGGCAUCAAACAUUCGUGUGCCAGCGGCUCAAUAUCAAUCAUCUGCAGCGACAUAUAGAGCUCCAGCCGUUCAACAUCAAGCAGCCACUGUAUCGUAUAGAGCUCCAGUUGCUCAAUAUCAGGCCCCUGCUGCUCUAUAUCAAGCCCCUGCGACUACAUAUGGCGCCCCAGCGUCACAAUAUCAAGCUCAAACGACUAAGUAUCAUGCACCCGCCGCUACUUAUAAAGCACCUGCAACAUCUAGUUAUCAAGCACCGGCUUCCUCCUAUAGCGCAUCCACCACAUACCACGCUCCCGCCAUUUCUACAAGCAGCAUUUCAAGCGGUUCGUACCAAACUUCAGCUGGUCAUUACAGUAGUCCUGCGAUCUCGUACAACGUUCCAGCUAAAUCCAUUUCGUCAUCGUCAUCCAGUCUUGGUACCCAAUAUGCGGCUAACGGUGGCUAUAUUUAUUAAAAACUGUAUUUGCGCAAAGCGUCGAUCUUUUAUAUGUUAAAUGUUGGUAUUAUCUCGCUACGAAUUGAUUUAAGAACAUUAAAUAUUUUUUAUUGAAACGAAA